AUUCAAUUGAAAAAAUUUUGGAUAUACAACAUGAUGGAAAUGAAAAUGAUAGAAUUAAAUUGGUUUCCGAAGAAUUACUCAAAAUAUUUCUUAAUCAAAAUUCCCAUCUAAAAUCUCUUGACUUUAGUUAUCAAAAAUUGUCAGGAAUUAUUAUUUCUCAUUUAGAUAAAAGAAUUAUCGAUUUUCCUUUAGAGAUCAGUUUGGGCAAUACACCGUCCAAAUUUCUUUCAUCAUUAGCAGCAAUCACUUUGGAACUUCAAAGCUUAAAUAUUUAUGAUGGAGAAGAUUCACAUGGAAUUAUUAAUCUUAUCAAUACACAAAAAAACCUUAAAGAAAUUGAUAUUCAUAUAUGUCGGGACAUUCCUAGGAUAAUUUCAGUGCUUAGUAAUAAAUCUAAAACUUUUCAAAAAUUUGCAUUAAGUGCUCGUAAUGCAUAUAUUUCUAUUGGACUUCCAUCACUUUCAGAUUGUCUAGAAAUAUUAUGUAAUUCAUCAGAUCUUGAAGAAUUAACAUUAAUUUUUCCACGAGGAGCGCUUGCACAAGCACAAUGGUUGAUUCGACGACAUGCAGCACAAAUGCGACUAAGAUUACAACAGCAACAAACGAGAACAUUACAAUUUUUAAAUCAAACUAUUCGAGCGCAUAGACAAAACUUUCCUCAUCAAAGUCAUCAAAGAACAUCGACUCAUAGACGAAAUCGAGCGAUGUCUCAGACACUUCAAGGAUCACUACAAAAUCCAUUUCUUAUAACUAGUCCAAGACCUAUACCUAUAAGAACGACACAACAUCAGGAGAAUAAUCGUCAAUCGAACACAUUUGUUACACAACCACCACAUCAGAUCCUUUUUGCAAAUUCAGGACCUACAAAACUUCGAAAGCUUAUGAUUACUUAUCAUUUAUCGCACUAUAUUCAAUCAUUUGUGUCAUUAAUUCAAAAUACUAAAGGAACUCUUGAAAUUAUCAAGUUAGAUAUUACAAAUGCUUUAGAUCCACAUAUCUAUCCAACAUUAUUUUCGACAAUUGUGAAUAAUUGUCCAAAUUUGACAUUUAUUCACUUGUAUAUUCCCAAUGAAUCACUUUUUGAACUUACACAAUUAUUUAGGAAAUGUUUAAAAUUAGAAGAUAUUUACUUAUUUGGAGACCAAAGUAAUUCUAUUGAUAUCAGUCCAUUCCUUGAAGAAAUGAGUACGAUAGUACCUAUUGGUUUAAGAAAAUUAGAAUUGGGAAUAUCUUGGAAUUACUCAGUAGAUGCGCUUAGAUCCUUUUUAGGUUCUUGUUUGAUUAGAUUAAAAUUUAAACCAUGUAAAUUUUAUCAUGGUGAUUUAUCUGAUGAAAUUGAUAAUUUAUUUCAAUUUUAUCAAAUAAUCGGUGUUAUUCAACCUGAAAGAAGAUUUUAUUGA